ACACCGUCAGUUCUAAACGGCGCCUAUGUCUCUUCCCUUCCCUUAUUCAACUCCGUCUCUUUAAACAGAUUCCGUUCUCUCUCUCUCUCUCUCUCUCUCUCCCUCUGUCUCUCUCUCUCUCACUCUCUCAAAGGGUAUCAUUUUUCAAGCUCUCAAUUUUCUCUGGAUUCAAAUCCUCUAUUUUAGGUUGGGUUUUUCUGGUGUUAUCAAUGUUACUGCCCUUGUUCCUGUUUGGCUGUAGUUUGAAUUUGGUUGAUUGAUGAAACUUAGUGGAUACUGUUUUGUUUGGAAUUGAAUCAUGAAGAUUUUUAUGAGGUUUACCAGUGGUUUUGUAGAUUGAUUGGUGUAUGAAUAUACGAUUUGGCUGGAAUUUUUCAUUUGAUUUGUGAAGAUGUCAAUAGAGAGCUUUUGUUGAUUGGUAGGGGUAUUUCAAAUUAUAUAUAAAAGUGAAAAAAGAAAGAAAGAGAGGAAAUAGUUAAAAGAGCAAGAGAAAAAGAAUGGGGGAAGCUAUUCUCACUACUUUGUCUAUGGAAACUGAUCACCCAUCUACACUUCUGUCUAUGGAUUCCGGUUCUUUUCUACCAGAUGAAUUGGAGAGAGAGAUGAACCGAUCUAUGCUGUUGUCUCGGCCACCUGAUAUCAAUCUCCCGUUAUCAUCCGAACCGAGCCCCCCACCUUUGGCUUGGAAUGAUUCAUGUGAAAUCUUAGAUGUUAGCCUUGCACCCCAGAUUUAUGAGGCGGUAGUCAGUGUCCCGAAAGUGGCUAAGAAGUGUAUCAAGCGUCUUGAUAGUGUAUGGGGUGCUUGGUUUUUCUUUACUUUCUACUUCAAGCCUGUUUUGAGUGGGAAGUCAAAGUCUAAGGUAAUCAGAGACAGCAACGGUUUGUCUGGGUAUGACAAGUCGGACUUGGAGCUAGAUGCAUUCUUGGUUCAGCAUGAUAUGGAGAACAUGUAUAUGUGGGUUUUCAAGGAAAGGCCCGAAAAUGCACUUGGUAAGAUGCAGUUGAGGAGUUACAUGAAUGGUCACUCCCGGCAAGGGGAGCGCCCGUUUCCGUUUAGUGUUGGUAAGGGUUUUGUUAGAUCUCAUAGAAUGCAGAGGAAACACUACAGGGGUCUUUCCAAUCCUCAAUGUUUACAUGGGAUUGAAGUUGUGCCGUCACCAAACCUCUUGAAUCUUGAUGAUGAAGAGAAGAGGAGGUGGAGAGAACUUACCGGCAGGGAUAUAAACUUCUCUAUUCCUCCUGAAGCAAGUGAUUUUGCAGCUUGGAGAAACCUUACGAGCACAGAAUUCGAGCUUGAGCGCCCCCCUGCUACUUUAAAGAGUAGUUUAAAUGCCCACACUAGAAAACUGCUUAACGGUACUGGUUUAAACCUAUCAACUCAGCCGAUAGAACAUAGUAAUGGUAACGGGAUGGAUUUAUCACCUGUCUGUAAUAAACGAAAAAAGGACUAUUUCCGGCAUGGAAAUGAUGAAGAUCCUUGUUUACCCAAUAAUUUGCAUUCUAACGGAGUUUUGGAUAUGAAAAUUCACCGGUUCGAGCCAACAUGGAUGAAUGAAUUUAGUGGGGUAAUGAAGAACGUAUACGGGCCUGUAACAGCAGCGAAAACGAUAUAUGAAGAUGAUGAAAGCUUUUUGAUCAUUGUCAGCUUGCCCUUUUCAGAUCUUCCAAGGGUGAAAGUUGCUUGGAGAAAUACUCCCUCACAUGGAAUCGUAAAGAUAUCAUGUGUGAGUACAGCCUGCAUGCCAUUCAUUAAGAGACAAGAUAGGACGUUUAAGUUAACAGAUCCAGCACCUGAGCACUGCCCUCCGGGGGAAUUUAUUAGAGAAAUUCCCCUACCGAACCGCAUUCCGGAAAAUGCUAAACUGGAAGCAUACCAUGAUGAGACAGGAACAAUGCUUGAGAUAAUCGUGCCCAAGCAUCGCGUAGGACCUGAAGAGCAUGAGGUACGUGUCUGCUUUCGGCCCUCGCCGUGGAGUGAACGACCAUUCAUGGACCUGGAGGAAUCUAUAUUGUGAUACAUGUAAUGAUUUUAGUGGUUGGUGCUUCAUUGUUUACUAACCUCAUUCCAUGAGGAAAUCUAUGAAAUUAAAACUGCAAUCAUUUUAGAUUA